CGUACAGGGACCGCCGCCCCCGGCGGGAAGCGCUGAGCAGCGCGGACGGGGAGGCCGCUCCUGAGGAGCCGCGAUGUCCGGGGCAGAGCUGCGGGCGGCAGCGAGCAGGCGGUGCCGGGGGGCGGGGCGCUGCCAGGACCCUGAGCAACACGGGCCGGCCCCCCAGUGCCGCUGUCCGUCGCGCCCGGUGGUGCAGCCGCCGCCGCCGCCAUGCGCAGCCGGAGCAAUUCGGGCGUGCGGCUGGACGGGUACGCGCGCCUGGUGCAGCAGACUAUCCUCCGGCACCAGGACGCGGUGACCGGCCUGCUCCCCGCCAGCGCCGACCACCGGGAUGCCUGGGUGCGGGAUAACGUCUACAGUAUCCUGGCCGUCUGGGGGCUGGGCCUGGCCUACCGCAAGAAUGCCGACCGCGAUGAGGACAAGGCCAAGGCCUACGAGCUGGAGCAGAGUGUGGUGAAGCUGAUGCGGGGGCUGCUCCAGUGCAUGAUGAGACAGGUGGAUAAGGUGGAAGCGUUCAAGUACAGCCAGAGCACCAAGGACUGCCUGCAUGCCAAGUACAACACCCAUACCUGUGCCACUGUGGUGGGGGACAAUGAGUGGGGUCACCUACAGAUGGAUGCCACCUCUCUCUACCUGCUCAUGCUGGCGCAGAUGACAGCCUCAGGCCUCCACAUCAUCCACAGCCUGGAUGAAGUCAACUUUAUCCAGAACCUCGUGUUCUACAUUGAAGCAGCCUACAAAACUGCGGACUUUGGGAUAUGGGAGCGUGGAGACAAGACAAACCAGGGUAUCACCGAGCUGAAUGCUAGCUCUGUCGGCAUGGCCAAGGCUGCCCUGGAGGCACUGGAUGAGUUGGAUCUCUUUGGAGCAAAGGGAGGCCCACAGUCUGUGAUAAGGGUGCUGUCGGAUGAGGUCCAGCAUUGCCAGUCCAUCCUCCACUCGAUGCUGCCCAGGGCCUCCACAUCCAAGGAAGUUGAUGCCAGCGUGCUCUCUGUCAUCUCCUACCCAGCAUUUGCUGUGGAGGACAGUGAGCUGGUGGAGAUCACCAAGCAAGAGAUCAUCAUGAAACUGCAGGGGCGCUACGGCUGCUGCCGCUUCCUGCGGGAUGGAUACAGGACUCCCAAAGAGGACCCCAACCGCUCCUACUAUGAGCCUGCAGAGCUGAAGCUGUUUGAAAACAUCGAGUGUGAGUGGCCCCUCUUCUGGGCAUACCUGAUCAUUGAUGGGAUUUUCAGUGGAAACAUGGAGCAGGUGCAGGAGUACCGGGAAGCCCUCGAGGGGGUUCUCAUCAAGGGGAAGAAUGGGGUACGCCUAGUACCGGAGCUGUACAGCGUUCCACCAGAUAAGGUGGAUGAGGAGUACAGGAACCCUCACACUGUGGACAGGAUACCCAUGGGCAAGCUGCCACUCAUGUGGGGACAGUCCCUCUACAUCCUGGGCUGCUUGAUGGCAGAGGGGUUUCUAGCUCCUGGUGAAAUAGAUCCCCUCAACCGCCGGUUUGCGACUGUCCCUAAGCCUGAUGUGGUGAUCCAAGUGUGCAUUCUGGCAGAAACAGAGGGGAUCAAGGCUGCCCUGAGGAAGGAGGACAUCGAUGUGGAGACUGUGGCAGAUGUCUACCCCAUUCAAGUGCAGCCUGCUCGCAUCCUUAGCCACAUCUACGCCCGGCUGGGCCGCAACAAGAAGAUGGGCCUGACAGGACGGCCCUAUCGGCACAUGGGUGUCCUUGGGACCUCCAAGCUCUACAAGAUCAGGAAGAACAUCUUUACGUUCACCCCACAGUUCAUAGACCAGCAGCAGUUCUACCUGGCUCUUGACAACAGGAUGAUUGUGGAGAUGCUGAGGACAGACCUCUCGUACAUCUGCAGCCGCUGGAGGAUGACUGGACGGCCAACCAUCACCUUCCUUGUCUCCCACACCAUGCUCGAUGAAUCUGGCAAAAGUGUGCAUCCCACAGUGCUGGUGAUGCUGCGGAAACUGCAGGAUGGGUAUUUUGGUGGUGCAAGGAUCCAGACGGGUAAGUUGUCGGAGCUCCUGACAACGUCAUGCCGAACGCACCUCAGCUUUAUGGACCCUGGGCCAGAGGCAGACACAUACGACGAGGUUGCUCAGUAUCUGGACCACUUGCUGCAGCAUACAGCUCCGCAGGCGAACCUGCCUCCCACUGCACAGCGGGGAGGCCUGAGCCGCUUCCGUGCUGCUGUCCACACCACCCGUGACCUCAUGUCCUUGGCAUCCAAGGCCAGGGACCUUCACAUCCAGAAUGUUGGCAUGUAUGUCCCCAGCAAGAUCAUCCAGGCAUCCCAGCAGUCUGUCAAACUGCUGGGUUCACCCCACCAGCAUGAUGUGGAUGGCAAGAGCAGCACACUCUAUGCGGAUAUGAACCUGCCCCGCGAUGAGGAUGGCAAUGUGGACUGCAGGGCACUGGUGGACCAGCUGCGUGUCUGCCCCACGCUGCAGGAGCAAGCGGACAUCCUCUACAUGCUCCAUAUCCUCAAAGGACCUGAGUGGCACACGGGGCUUGACGGUGAGCCUGGCCCCACAGUGAAGGAGCUCCUCACUGAGCUGUACACACGGGUCGGGGACACUCGCCAGUGGGCCCUGAUCCGCUACAUCUCUGGCAUCCUCAAGAAGAAGGUGGAAGCUCUGGAUGAGGCCUGUACUGACCUCCUGUCUCACCAGAAGCAUUUGACAGUGGGGCUGCCCCCGGAGCCGCGUGAGAAGACGAUCUCCACCCCGAUCCCCUAUGAAGAGCUUGUUCGCCUUAUUGAUGAAGCCAGUGAGAAGAACCUCAGUGUGUCCAUCCUCACCCAGGAGAUCAUGGUAUACUUGGCCAUGUACAUCCGCACGCAGCCCGUGCUCUUCGCUGAGAUGUUCCGCAUUCGUAUUGGACUCAUCAUUCAGGUGAUGGCAACGGAGCUGGCGCACUCUCUACGCUGCUCAGCUGGAGAAGCCACUGAGAACCUGAUGAAUCUCAGCCCAUCAGACAUGAAGAGCCUUCUCUACCACAUCCUGUCUGGCAAGGAGUUUGGGGUGGAAAGGAGCGUGCGAUCAGUUGAUUCAUCAGUCACCACUGCUAUCUCCAUCUGUGAGGUGGGAGCCAUUGGGGCCACCAAGCACGAGCGUUCCGGCAUCGUCAGGCUGAAAAGUGAAAUCAAGCAGCAGCUGGAUAAGCGUAGGCAGUCUCUGCCUGGAAGUAAGCCCCUUGAUUUGCAGUCCGGGGACGCUGAGCUCAAGUCCUCUCUGUCUCCUGGGCAUGCGGAGCUGCUGGGCCAGGUUUCCUUUUCAAGCAUGCUGGAAGACCAGGGCAGCAAGGACAGCCGCCAGGGCCAGUGGCAGCGGAGACGGCGGCUGGAUGGGGCCCUCAACCGCGUCCCUGUGGGCUUCUAUCAGAAGGUCUGGAAGGUCCUGCAGAAGUGCCAUGGCCUUUCUGUGGAGGGCUUUGUUCUCCCCUCUUCAACAACCAGAGAGAUGACCCCUGGGGAAAUAAAGUUUGCUGUGCAUGUGGAGUCGGUCCUCAACCGUGUGCCCCAGCCAGAGUACAGGCAGCUGCUGGUGGAGGCUAUCUUAGUGCUCACUAUGCUGGUGGACAUGGAGGUGCACACCAUUGGUGGCAUCAUAGCUGUGGAAAGGAUCUUGCAUAUGGCCAACGACCUCUUCUACGAGGAGCAGAAAGCCCUGGGCGCUGAUGAGCACAUGCUGGAGAGGGAUCCCACGACAGGCAUCUGCAGCCUGCUGUAUGAUAGUGCACCAAGUGGGCGGUUCGGCACCAUGACCUACCUGUCCAAGUCGGUGGCCAUGUACGUGUACGACUUCCUGCCUGCCGAUGGCUGCUCCAUGCAGUAGCUCUCACAACUCCUCACUCUAGGGUGCAGAUGCUGCAGAAGGGUUGUUUCAUAUAGCUUAUAAAAAUGGGCAUUAGGUAGCUUGCAGGAAGCCUGUGUGGCCAUCUUCCCUCUUAGUCAUGCCCUCUUGGUGUCUGAGCAGCUCUCCUGAAGAGCUCUGUGGGAAGUUUGCGUUGUCCUAAGCUGUGUGCAGCCUGGGCUGGCAGGGAAAGGCUGAGCUUUGAAGCCUGCUUCUUUUAGAAGUGUCUGCCUGCACAGCUCCUCCUGGGCCAUCACCCCCAAAGGUAUGUGUGUUUGAGGGAGGUGGAAAGGGCCCCCUUCACCAGGUGUGUGUGCAGCACUGCAGUGUGCCCUGCAGAUGCCUCCAGCAGAUUUUAUGGUUUUAACCUGUUCUGUGCUGCUUUUUAUUCCAAAUGUGCAGGGUUUACACUAAUGUAGGCUGGAACUCUUGCUCUCCCUGCUGCUGGUGGAAAAGCUUAAUUAGAGGAAUACAGGGUGCCCCUGAACCUGUCCCCCAGCACACCCAAAAGCAAAAUGGUCCCACCCAGCCACAGCUCUGCUGCUUGGAAGUAGGCAGCCCAUCUCACUGAAGAUGGGGUCAGGGGUCCUGUAUACAGAGCUGGGGAGGCUGUGGAAGCCAGGAGCAUCCCAAGGUGGUAACAGAUCCCAGUUACCACCGAGCUGCGAGGACAGGGCUUCUGGCUGGUGGUUGUUGGUGGCAGCCCCUCUGUGCCAUCUCUGCUUCUGGCAGUGUCACUAAUGGCCAAGUCACAGGCUCCCGAGCUCAUACACGUCCUGUAAAGUAGCUUUGAGCUGGCUGCUCAGUUUGGUGUUAGCUGUGCCGUGACAAAUGUGCUGUGAAUACUCAGCUCUGCCCUCUGCCCCCAUCUUCCGCAGCCUUUCACUGGAGAGGGGUUGUGACUUUAAGAGUGGUUCCCAGUUCUACUGUAUCCUACAGGUCAAACCCCGCACAGGAUAGUGUAGUCAGACUGAUGGGGAACAGGCACACACACUCCAGAGUGGCGGGGUGGGUGAGGUUAUAAAAUCAUAAAUAGUUUGGGUUGGAAAGGACCUUUCCAGGUCGUCUAGUCCAAUGCCCCUGCAAUGAGCAGGAGCAUCUUCAACUGUAUCAGACUGCUCAGAACCACAAUCAGCCCAGCCUUGAAUGUUUCCAGGGAUGGGGCAUCUACCACAUCUCUGGGCAACUUGUGCUGGUGUUUUUCACCACCAUCAUCUUAAAACCUUUCUUCCUUAGACCACACAUAAACCCUCUUUUAAUUUUAAAGAAGAGAGAUUGCCAGUGAAGACUGAGCAAAAACAUUGUUGAGUACCUCAGCAUUCUCCUCACCCUGUGUUACUGGUUUACCAGUCUUACUCAUCAAGAGGGUUUUGCUUUCUUUGACCCUCCUUUUCUGGCUGAUAUACCUGUAGAAGACCUUUUAUCAUUCUUUUUGUCCCUUGCCAAGUUCAUCUCCAGCUGUACCAUGGCCUUCCUGACCCCAAUCCAACACAGUCAGGCAGUGUCCCUGUACCAUUCCCAGGAUACCUCUCUCUGCUUCCACUGCCUGUGCAUUUCCUUCUUGCACUUUAGUUUGACCAGGUCUCAACUCUUGCCUUCCUUUCCUGAUUUCUCGCACAUGGGGAUUGAGAGCUCUUGUGCUCUAUGGAAAACAUCCUUAAAGACUUGCCAGCUGUCUGCUUCCUUGUCCUUGAGGGCAGCGUUUCAGGGGUCACACAGCUCAAUCCCUUGAGCAGCUGGCAGUUGCUUUCCUAAAAUUCAGGGUCCUGACUUUUACUCUUUGCCUUACCUGUAUCCCUCAGGACUGCAAACUCCACCAGUGCAUGAGCAUUGCAGCCCAGGCUGCUCCAGUCUCAAUGUCACCAGCUGGCUCACUUGAGUGGGUAACCAUCAGAUCCAGUAUUGCUUCCCCUCAGGUAUAGGGCUGCCUAUUAUGUGGUAUAAGAAGUUACACUCCAUGCAUGCCAGGAGUCUCCUGGAUUGCUGUGCUGAGUUGAUCCUGGCUGGGUGCCCACUGCCCACCAGAGUUGUUCUGUCUCUCCUCAGCUGGAUAGGGGAAAGAAAAUACAAUGAGAGGCUCCUGGGUUAGGAUAAGGACAGGGAGAUCAUUCACCAGUUGUCAUGGGCAAUGCAGACUGACUUGGGGAAAUGAGUUUAAUUUAUUACCAAUCAAAUCACAGUAGGAUAAUGAGAAAUAAAACCUAAAUCUUAAAGCA